AUGCCUCUCAAACCUGGCGCAAAUCCGUAUAAAAUCCUUUUAUUAGAGAAAGGCUGCACGGAAAAGGACAUUCAAAAGGCAUAUCGGGCACAAUGUCUCAAAUGGCAUCCAGACAAAAAUUUAGACAACAAAGAAGAAGGUACGAAAAAUAAAAAAACCAGUUAAAAAUGUGUUAAUUAUUAUCAGCUAGUCUGCGGUUUAUCGAAGCCAAGGAUGCGUUCGAAUUUCUGUAUGACAAAGAAAAAAGAGUAAGUUUUUUGAUGAAAAUUGAAAUUUCAAGUGUUCAUUUCAGGAGGUAUAUGAUAAAGGUGAAGAAAGGAUUCGAGUAGCAGAAGAAAAACAAAAGCAGAGAAUGGAAAAAGCAGAUGGCCACAGAAAGAAGUAAGGACCUUUUAUGCGAUAGAAAUGAGUUCAGCAAAGACGUUUCAGAUUGAUCGAAGAUUUAGAAAAACGAGAAAAAGAUUUCAACGAUGGAAAAAGGCCGGCAAAUGGUCCGAUUCCAGCAGCACAGCAAGCAAAGAAGAAGAAGACGGCAGAAGCGAAUAUUCGAGAAGAAAUGGAUGCGAUUCGGAGACAGCUGGAAAAAGAGGCGAAUGAUGAAGUGAAGCGGCAGCAGGAGAUGAUGAAGGCUGCCAAAAAAGAACAUCAGAAGAAUCUAGGUGAAUCAAACGAAAUGUUACUUCUAAACUUCUAACCCUUCAGACAAAUUAACUCCAAAAUUGUUAGUGAAGUGGAAAGUGAACGAAGGACGAGACUAUGAAGAGGAUCAUAUCCGAGAUCUCUUUUCAAGCGUGAGCAGAAAAUUCUCACUUCCCAUUCACAAAGUUCUGUUUCAGUUUGGCCCAUAGGACAUGUAUCAUCGGUGAUUGCACGGAAGGACAAAAGAAAAGUGAUCGUGGAGUUCGAGCCCGGAACGAACGCAUGGGGAGCCGAACUAGAGACGGGAAAAGAGCCGAUGCCCGAAUUGACAGGAGAGUGGAUUGAAAUGCCGCCGAAAGUAGAGAAGAAGAAACCGGAAGAGAACGGGAAGUCUAGUACGGGAAACAGUAAGUUACUGAAUACGAUUUAUACUAACGAUCAAUAAGGAUCUUUUGCAGAUUUCGAACACAUGUCUCUGGAGGAUCUCGAAGCACAAAUCAUGGGUGGAAUCUGA